AUGGCAUCGAUCGAAGCAAAGGCCGAUCGAGCAGUCUCACAGAGUCCUCUCCUACAAACUCUCCAAGACGUCUAUGAGAUGGGGAUGGCCAUGACUGCACAAAAUACCGAAGAACGAGGAGAACCGGUACUCUCUUCGCCAGAUGAGCGACAGGAACACAUCGGCGUCAAAAGAGAUGUGCAACAUGCCGGCCUCAAUGAGACCGACAGUAACAGCACUAGUGGCUUGGUGCAAUUGCUGAAAUCCAACAUUUCCAGUAGUGAGACUGAGAACAACAGAAGUGGGAGCCUAGUGGUAUCAUGGAGACCCGACAACUCAGAUUCGACGUAUGCCAAUUCCUGGAAUCAACUGAACGGCGUUGAGAAGUUGUUUGUUGGAUUAGGACUUUGGAUCUGGCACGGAACUGGACUUGCAGUCUUUCUCAAGCGGUUGAUCAACUAG